CAUCAACAUCAGAAACCUCAACACUAACAACAAGAGAAACAACAACUACACCUUCAGCAUCAGACACACCAACAGUAAUGACAACAUAUGAAACAACUACACCUUCAAUAUCAGAUACCUCAACAGUAAUGACCACAGAUACAACCACUACACAUUUAACAUCAGACACCCCGACUGUAAUGACAGCACAUACCACUACACCUACAACAUCAGACAUCUCAACAGUAACAACAACACAUACAACCACUACACCUUCAAUAGCAGACAGCCCAACAGUAAUGACAAUUUAUGAAACAACUACACCUUCAAUAUCAGACACCCCAACAGUCAUGACCACAGAUACAACCACUACACCUUUAACAUCAGACACUGUGACUGUAAUGACAACACAUACCACUGCACCUUCAACAUCAGACACUUUGACAAUCACUACAACAGAUACAACAACUACAUCUUCAACAUCAGGAACCCCGACAGUAAUGACCACUGAUACAACCACAAAACCUUUAUCAUCAGACACCCCGACAAUAAUAACAAUAGAUACAACUACUUCACCUUCAACAUCAGACACCUCAACAGUAACAACAACAGAUACAACAACAACACCUUCAACAUCAGACACUUCAACAAUAAUAACAACAGAUACAACAACGACAUCAUCAACAUCAGAAACCUCAACACUAACAACAAGAGAAACAACCACUACACCUUCAGCAUCAGACACACCAACAGUAAUGACAACAUAUGAAACAACUACACCUUCAACAUCAGACACCUCAACAGUAAUGACCACAGAUACAACCACUACACAUUUAACAUCAGACACCCCGACUGUAAUGACAGCACAUACCACUACACCUACAACAUCAGACAUCUCAACAGUAACAACAACAGAUACAACCACUACACCUUCAAUAUCAGACAGCCCAACAGUAAUGACAAUUUAUGAAACAACUACACCUUCAACAUCAGACACCCCAACAGUCAUGACCACAGAUACAACGACUACACCUUUAACAUCAGACACCGUGACUGUAAUGACAACAAACACCACUGCACCUUCAACAUCAGACACUUUGACAAUCACAACAACAGAUACAACAACUACAUCUUCAACAUCAGACACCCUGACAGUAAUGACCACUGAUACAACCACAAAACCUUUAUCAUCAGACAGCCCGACAAUAAUAAUAGAUACAACUACUUCACCUUCAACAUCAGACACCUCAACAGUAACAACAACAGAUACAACAACAACACCUUCAACAUCAGACACCUCAACAAUAAUAACAACAGAUACAACAACGACAUCAUCAACAUCAGAAACCUCAACACUAACAACAAGAGAAACAACAACUACACCUUCAGCAUCAGACACACCAACAGUAAUGACAACAUAUGAAACAACUACACCUUCAACAUCAGACACCUCAACAGUAAUGACCACAGAUACAACCACUACACAUUUAACAUCAGACACCCCGACUGUAAUGACAGCACAUACCACUACACCUACAACAUCAGACAUCUCAACAGUAACAACAACAGAUACAACCACUACACCUUCAAUAUCAGACAGCCCAACAGUAAUGACAAUAUAUGAAACAACUACACCUUCAAUAUCAGACACCCCAACAGUCAUGACCACAGAUACAACCACUACACCUUUAACAUCAGACACCGUGACUGUAAUGACAACACAUACCACUGCACCUUCAACAUCAGACACUUUGACAAUCACUACAACAGUUACAACAACUACAUCUUCAACAUCAGGAACCCCGACAGUAAUUACCACUGAUACAACCACAAAACCUUUAUCAUCAGACACCCCGACAGUAAUAACAAUAGAUACAACCACUUCACCUUCAACAUCAGACACCUCAACAGUUAUAACAACAGAUACAACAACAACACCUUCAAUAUCAGACACCUCAACAGUAAUAACAACAGAUACAACAACGAUACCUUCAACAUCAGACACCUCAAGAGUAAUAACAACAGAUACAACAACAUCUGCAACAUCAGACACCUCAACAGUAAUAACAGCAGAUACAUCAACGACACCAUCUACAUCAGACACCUCAACAGUAAUAACAACAGAUACAACAACACCAUCAACAUCAGACACCUCAACAGUAAUGACCACAGAUACAAUCACUACACCAUCAACAUCAGACACAUCAACAGUAAUGACAACAUAUGAAACAACUGCACCUGCAACAUCAGAGACCCCGACAGUAAUGACCACAGAUACAACCACUACACCUUUAACAUCAGACACCCUGACUGUAAUGACAACAGAUACGACCACCUCAUCUUCAACAUUAGACACCUCAACAGUCAUGAACACAGACACAACCACUACACCUUCAACAUCAGUCACUUUAACAAUCAUAACAACAGAUACCACAACUACAUCUUCAACAUCAGACAGCCCGACGAUCAUGAAAACAGAUACAACGACCUCACCUUCGACAUUAGACAACUCGACUGUAAUUAGAACAGAUACCACUACACCUUCAACAUCAGACACCUCGACAUUCAAGACAACAGAAACAACCACAACACUUUCAACAUCAGACACAUUGACAGUAACGACAACAGAUACAACAACUACACCUUCAACAUCAGACACCCCGACGGUCAUAACAAUGGAUACAACAACUACACGUUCAACGUCAGACAUCUCAACAUUCAUGAAAACAGAUACAAUGACACCUUCAAAAUCAGACAGCUCAACAGUCAUGACAACAGAUACAACAACUGCACCUUCAACAUCAGACACCCUGACAGUCAUAACAACAGAUACGACCAACUCACCUUCAACAUUAGACACUUUGACAAUCAUAACAACAGAUACAAAAACUACAUCUUCAACAUCAGACAUCCCAACAGUCAUGAAAACAGAUACAACCACCUCACCUUUAACAUUAGACACCUCGACUGUAAUUACAACAGAUACCACAAUACCUUCAACAUCAGACACCUCAACAGACAUGACAACACAUACAACAACUAUAUUUUCAACAUUAGGCACCUCGACAGUCAUGACAACGGAAACAACUAAUUUAUCUUCAACAUCAGACACCCCGACGGUCAUAAAAACGGAUACAACAACUACACCUUCAACAUCAGAUACCUCGACAUUCAUGACAACAGAUACAACUACAUCUUCAACAUCAGACAGCUCGACAGUCAUGACAACAGAUACAACGACACCUUCAACAUCAGAAACAUUGGCAGUAAUGACAACAGAUACAAAAGCUACAUCUUCAACAUUAGACACCUCAACAAUCAUGACAACAGAUACAACAACUACACAUUUAAGAUCAGAAACCCCAACAGUUAUAACAGGCACAACAACUACACCUUCAACAUCAGACACCUCGACAGUCAUGACAACAGAUACAACCACUACAACUUCCACAUCAGACAUCUCCACAGUCAUAAAAACAGAUGUAACCAACUCACCUUCAACAUCAGACGCCUCGACGGUCAGAACAACAGAUACAACAACUACGUCUUCAACAUCCGACACCCCGGUGGGCGUAACAACAGAUGCAAUAACUAUACCUUCAACAUCAAAUACCUCGACAGUCAUGACAACAACUUCAACCACAAAAUCUUCAACAUCAGACACGCCAGCAGUGAUGACAACAGGUGCAACGAUGACAUCUUCAACAUCAGAUACUUCGACAGUCAUAUCAACAGACUUUACAGCAGUUGCAGCAGCAAUAGUCAAGAUGAGAUCAUUUACUGAACUGAGCAAUGAUACAAUCAUAGUCUUCAUAGAAGAGUUGGCAAGAGAGAUUCAGGCCCGAGUUAAUGGAACCAUUAAGAUUACUGUGAAGAGGAUAACGAAAGUAGCACCCUGACGAUCACUUUUGUGGCAACCCCAGCGUCCAACAGUGCUCAUCUGCAUGCAUAACUAAGAAAAGCUUGAAGAAUAGUUGUACUAAGGGUGGUGUUUGGGAUUGAUUUUGUAGAAUGGCAAGAUCAACAGUCAUCAAGUGAGCAGAUAGAGAAGUCUGCUCUUUGCUGUCUGUUUCCAUGAAAUCGAUUACAAUCAACAAAGGUGGUACUGACUCCUCACACCCCGCCUCGCCUCCAGGCUUUUAUUCUACUGCUCUGUUUUAAAACAUUCGGUUAUGAAAAGAAACAAAUACCAACUUUUCACCUGGAGGAAC